ACCCGCCCCACACUGUUUGCUCACUGGUGGUGAUCCUGCUUCCCCGCAUCGAGUCGAUUGGGUCCUGCGUGAUGUCAUUCACUUCAACAGCUGGGGGCCUGUCUGACUCAGUUACACUGGCAGCUAGCUUAGUGAAUUGAGGAGUUUGAAGAAGCGCUGAAUCCGAGUUACAGCAGUCAUUGAGAACAUUUGUUACUUCAAGAGUCUGAUUAUUUCUAGUCAUCUCAAGAAAUAGUUAUUUUGGCACAUGCUUUGAGCAAAGGGGGACUGAAAAGGGGUAUGAAGAGAAGACCUAUACACUGCAUUGCUAAGGCUGCUACAUGGGACGCCCUACUUGAGUAAUGCAUGUAGUUUUCUAAAGAAGGAACAUAGGAGCAGAUGGGAAACACUAUAUGAAUGUGUGAGGCUUCAGCUGAGUAAUUGCUGUCUGCUGCCAUGACAACCAGCCGCUGCAGUCAUCUGCCUGAGGUCCUGCCAGACUGCACAGACUCAGCCCCUCCAGGAAAGGCUAUCGUUGACUCCACCAGCCUUGUAAAUGGACAGCCGCAGUAUGUAAUGCAAGUUUCAGCCAAGGACGGACAGCUGCUGUCAACAGUAGUCAGGACUCUCGCUACACAAAGCCCCUUCAAUGACAGGCCUAUGUGCCGGAUCUGCCACGAAGGGAGCAGCCAGGAAGACCUGCUGUCCCCCUGCGAGUGUACAGGAACCCUGGGGACCAUCCACCAGAGCUGCCUGGAGCACUGGCUCUCCGCCUCCAACACCAGCUUCUGCGAGCUCUGCCACUUCAAGUUUGCAGUGGAGCGCAAACCCAGGCCAGUGAUAGAGUGGUUAAAAAAUCCAGGCCCUCCGCAUGAGAAGCGGACACUGUUUGGAGACAUGGUGUGCUUUCUCUUCAUUACUCCCCUGGCUACAAUCUCUGGCUGGCUGUGUUUGCGUGGAGCUGUGGACCAUCUGCACUUUAGCAGCAGGCUGGAGGCUGUUGGACUAAUAGCACUGACCGUUGCACUCUUUACUAUUUACCUCUUUUGGACACUAGUUUCUUUCAGAUAUCACUGUAGACUAUAUAAUGAAUGGCGGCGGACCAAUCAGAGAGUCGUACUCCUCAUCCCGAAGUCUUCUAGCGUACCGUCUACGCAGCGCGCGCUGCUAGGACUGCCUCCAAUCAAAAGGGAUUCCAAGGAGACAAUUGUUUGACUUCAAGCUUUGCCAACCAUUUUAAGCUGUGUGCACUUACAGGAGCAGAACUAAUUCCAUCCAAAGACUCAUGGCUUGUGAAUCAUGUUCCAUUUGAACUCUUACUGUUUUGUUUUUUUUAGCACAAACUUUAUUAAUAGCUGAAGUUUUAUACUGCAUUCAACAUGAAAGUUAAACAGGGCAAACAGGAUUUCUCCAAGGUUAGUUUCCAGAAAAAUAGGAGUUGACUAUUCCUGCAACUUUUACAGAGCGUACAGUGAAGUUUGUUGUUCAAAUAUUUUACAUUUUACUGUAUAUUCACAGCAAUUUUUCAGAGCAAAAUGGCUGGGGCAUCCUACCAGAAUUUAAAUCCUAGAAGACACCAGCAAUGCAGCGGUGUUCUAAACUGCUGUCUAUAAGAGACAUAUCCUGCCUCUAAAAGCCUUCAAUAGCCUGCGACUUUCUUUGGUGGGAAGUAGCUAAGAACAGUAAUUGUAAACCACGAGAAAAGGGGCAUUUGCAGGCUCUUUGCUAGUGUGAGCUUAAUACAGCAGGCUUUUUCUUUUCUUUUUUUUUUUUUAAAUAUAAUUCUUAAUUGUUGUGUAGUGUAAAGGUUUUAUAGGGCUGUGCUUUUUAUUUAUCUUUUUAAAGAUGCAUUUAAAUGAAAUCCACUUUUAAGUUUUGUAAUUAUGUAUGUUUUAAAAGCAUAAAGGUUCAAACAAAAACCAAACUGAGUAUUAUAGAAGGUGUAAAUGUGAACCAUGCAUUAAGGUUAGGAUUUUGUUUCUAAAUGGCCUCUGCUGAAACCUAGCUAACCAGUGCAGUAAAACAUGUUGCACUCCAGUGUGAAAUGAGAAAGUGUGAUUAUUUUGCUUGCAGAUUUUGUUCUUUCUUGACUAUAUAAUACAUUUAAGAACUGAAUGACCUUGUGUCAAGACACGCUAUUUUGGGCCGUAUUCCCAUUUGAUGUCAAACAUGCCACUACACAAAUUUAGUUUUGUUAAAGCACCUGCAAAACAAUGACCCAUGGCUGUGAUUCCAGGAGCUGCUCUAGUUACUAGCCAUAGAUGUGGAGCAGGCUAGGUCAGCAGCAAGUGUCUUUCAUUAGUAACCGCCAGUCUCAUCUAGUGUACAGCUGUAUAGCUGCAGCACUGAACUCGGACUUAUGAAAUACAAAAAAUAAGAAAGCACACUAUUUGAGUAAUUGCAUUAAGUAUGAUUGUAAACAUCAUAAGACAAUAUAAUUUGAAGAUACUUGUUUUCUUAGACUUUAGGAAUACAUUUUCUUCAAUUAAUCUGCAAUCCACAAACAGCUUGACAGAAUGUCAUUGGUUUUGGAUGUAAAUCCUGUCACUGAGGCUUUUUUUUUUUUGUAGUUAUCUCUUUACAAAAUUAAGAGCAAGUACAUUGAAAGCUAGUAGCAUAAAUAGCAUACUGGAUGCUUAUUUUCUCUUUACCUAGGUGGUUAAAUCCUGCUUUCCACAUUGUACUAUUUCUUAAAGUUAAAAACUCUUUGUCCAGUGGAUCAGAUAAGCUUGUGUACCCGCAGGUUUUGUAUUUAAUCUCAAUACCAUCAAAUGCAGUGAAUGUUUAAUUUUAAUAACAGGCAACAACAGGCUGUCAGUAUACAUAUGAUACAGAUUUAAAAUAAGGUAUCCCAUUUCUUCUUAUCCAAAUAGUCUAGAAUUAAAGCAGUAAUCUUUGUAGAAAUUUAAUGCGAGACCCUUCUAAAGCCAAAAACAUUUAGCCCAGCAUCACUCCAUUUCUACCUCCACAUUUGUAAAUUGAAGCUUCUUCCGAGGAAGUGCCAUGUUUCAACAACCAGUAAAUUCAAGUUCAAUUUCAGCGCAAUGUUCUGUAAUUAUCCAAACAGCUGUAAGAGUGUCAUUUCCUAUUUUUGUAUUCUGAGGACUGUUAGUGCUGGUAGGUUAAACAGAUACUUCACCACAGAAAAAGUUAAAAUGCUGGUACUUACCAUCCUUAAAGAUCUUGUAAACCUAGCUUAUUUAUAACCAAAGUUAAAUAAAGUUUUAACUUCAUAACAAUCAAUGACACCAUUAUUGUUGUGCAGUGUGUUUUUAAGGCAUUACCUUAUAUCAGUGAUGUUUGCACUUCCUGUUCUGGUAGGUCACACGAGUCUGUGUAUCCUUAAUUAAAGUUCUUAAAUAAUAUCUUCAGCAGAAAGGGGGUUAAAGUAUGAUGCUAAAAAAGGUAAGAACUGUAUUUUAUAGCUUUGCUUACCCCCUCUAACUUGUAAAUAGGUAAAGGUGACAGACAGCCUUACUUUGAAUAUUUGCAGUGAGGGGGCCAAAUACAUAACUACAGUACAUGUCUCUAUAUUGUAAACUAGGUAUAGACAGUUACGAUUUAGUGAUGAACUCUCCAGGUAAAAAUUGCAGAAUUUUCCAUAGAAAUAAUUCAUAGUUCAAAAUGAGUAGGCACUUAAAGUGUAACCCAACUCAAUUAGAAAGUAAAAGCAUUAGUUAAGUGUUUACUUAACAUGAUGUAUGUUAUUAGGCAUACAUACUGGCAUAUCAUGUCCAACAUUACAUAUGGAAACAUGCACAUUCAUUUCUGAAGCAUUUUCAGUUAGCCGAGAAGCAUUCCUGUUGGGGGAAAUAUACCAUAGGUUCCGUCAAUUAAAGCAAAAUGUUGCCCGAUAUAAAUCUUUACAUUGUAGAUUUCUCAGUUACAGUAUUUAAGGUAUUAAUGUAAGGAAGGCAGAUUCAAACUGCAGAUACAGGCAGUAAUUGUGAUGUUUAAGCGCAAGUAACUUGAACUGUCUGCUGUAGGCACCCCACCCCACAUGGCGUGUGCUGUUCCACUGUACCUCUUAAGACAUCGAGAUGGUAUACCCGUAAUGAGUGCAGUUUUCAUGACAGUUUGUAAAUACAUGUGCAGUGCAAAUUUUGAAUUAAUUUGAAUAUAAUAAAGUGCUGAACUCUG